AUGGGGAAAAGCAACCUAGAUCUUGUCAAUGAGUGUGACGUAUUUCCAUACUACCACGACAACCCCGCCACCUACCAGAAAUACAGAGCAAAGUACCACGCAUUCAAGAUAUCUGGCUACGAAGAAACCUUUGGCCUUAUUCUUAAUUCCAUAGUGGACAAGUUUCCCUGGCCUCAGGAUCUCUGGGAGGUGGACGGCGAACAGCAGACGGUUACACUGCUUGCACCUGAAGACGCUACAGAACCUCAACGAAGCGCUCUCUUAGCCCAGACUCUCGAGACCGCAGCAAAGAGUGGGAAGGUCGAGGUUCUAAAGGGCUGGCGGAACGAGUUAUACCCUAUAUAUGGACCCCAGAAGGAACUGGUUGCCAGCGUUGAACGGGCAGGCAGUACUCUGUUUGGUAUAUUGAGCUAUGGGGUCCAUAUGACGGUUUACACCCAGGACGAGCAGAAUGGCAUCCAAGUCUGGGUUCCAAGGCGAGCGAAGACGAAGCAGACAUACCCAGGGAUGCUGGACAAUACUGUUGGCGGCGGGAUUGCUACAGGAGAAGAACCGUUUGAAAGCCUAGUCCGUGAAGCCAUGGAAGAAGCAUCUCUCCCGGAGGACAUCAUACGACGAGAUGCCAAGUGCUGUGGGUGUGUAACAUAUACCUAUGUCCGAGAUGAGAGAGCUGGUGGUGAAACGGGGUUGCUGCAGCCUGAGUGCGAGUACGUCUACGAUCUGCAACUCGAUCCUAGCGUUAUACCCAAACCGUGCGAUGCUGAAGUAGAGGAUUUUUGGUUAUGGACCGUCGAUCAAGUAAAGGAAGCACUGUCGAAUGGCGAAUUUAAACCAAAUUGCGCCAUUGUUCUCAUAGAUUUCUUUAUCAGACAUGGACUCCUCACACCGGAGAACGAGACAGACUAUCUAGAAAUACUCGCUAGGAUACAUCGCCGGCACGAAUUCCCGACUGCCUAA